GCUGCCCUUUAGGUUCUUUGUGUGGCCCAGUCAGUUUGGACUUAAAUCAGACUGAGAUGCUUUGGCACGGACUUAAACAUGCUGGAAAACCCUUCAUUGUGGCAUUCUGCAAAUUCUGCACCCGGCUUAGUUUCUCUAUGGAGGGAGACAUCUGCCACAUAGACCACCUCUGCGCUCCUCUUCCCUCCGAAGUCACGGCUGUGUUACGAUCUGCGGAAGAGCAGGGAAGACAUUCCUCCGGCACAGCAGCGGGGAUUUGGGCACUGCAGAGGCCGGGAGAGGAGCUUCGAACGCCGGGGAAGACCGGUACCUCUCCGGGGUUUGUUUGGCGGCAGCAAGGCGAGACGGAGGAGAAGCAGGGAGGCAAAUGGAAAGAUGACCCGAGUGUGAGCAGCUCAGCUAAGUUCAACAAAGCUCCGUCUGAGUAACUUUAACUCUGAGGCCUCCCAGAUCAUGGCUGCCAGCUUUUUAGCCAACAGGAGCAUUGUUGCUGGCCUGCUGGUCAAUCUAUUCUCCUCCAUCUGUAUCGUCUUCAUCAACAAAUGGAUCUACGUACACUAUGGCUUCCCCAACAUGACCCUGACCCUCGUUCACUUUGUGGUCACCUGGCUGGGACUCUACUUCUGCCAGAAAAUGGAUGUUUUUGCUCCAAAAAGCCUUCCGAUUCGCAGGAUCGUGUGGCUGGCUCUGAGCUUCUGCGGGUUCGUGGUAUUUACCAACCUUUCCCUACAGAACAAUUCGAUAGGAACGUACCAGUUGGCUAAAGCAAUGACCACUCCCGUCAUCAUCCUCAUCCAGACCACCUACUACAAGAAGACCUUCUCCACCAAGAUUAAACUUACACUGGUACCCAUAACAUUAGGAGUGAUACUGAACUCGUACUAUGAUGUGCGGUUCAACUUGCUGGGGAUUGUGUUCGCGUCUCUUGGAGUUCUGGUGACGUCACUUUACCAAGUGUGGGUGGGGGCAAAGCAACAUGAGCUCCAGGUGAACUCCAUGCAGCUUUUAUACUAUCAGGCUCCUCUAUCGUCAGCCUUCCUGCUCUGCAUCGUUCCACUGUUUGAGCCGCUGACUGGAUCCGGAGGAAUAUUUGGACCCUGGUCUUUGCCUGCUCUGAUGACUGUGCUGUUCUCGGGCGUGGUGGCUUUCCUGGUCAACCUAUCCAUCUACUGGAUCAUUGGAAACACCUCACCUGUUACCUAUAACAUGUUUGGUCAUUUUAAAUUCUGCAUCACACUGGUUGGUGGAUACCUGCUCUUCCAUGACCCACUCUCACUCAACCAGGCGUUGGGGAUCCUCUGUACUCUGGCAGGUAUCCUGUCCUACACUCACUUCAAGCUGAUGGAGCAGGAAGAAGGGAAGAGCCGGCUGGCUCAAAGACCCUAGGCCAUCUUUACAUGUUGGUCUGCUGCACAGACUCCUGCUAUUGGCCAUCCACAGUGAGACCGGCUGGAGAUACCUCUUUAGAUAUUUUUACCAUUUUUAUUACAGGUAUUUUUUUAGAAGAGAAGGGAUUUCAUCGUGGAUCGUGUCAGAUUUAAACGUAUAUGGCAUGUUAACACUGCUGUUCGUACUACUUCCACUGAGCUUCAGCAGCACUGAUCCAAAGUCUUAAAGAAACCUGAAACUCAUCACAAAGGCAGCUCCUCAAGUGUUAAAUCACUCUCAUCACGCAGCUUUAACACAGAUGGAUGGAGGUGUAGUUUAAACCAACCAAUCAAAAGAAGGCUGCAGUUGAGCUCUGUGAAAGAUCCUUCAGGACACCAAACCUUCAUCUACUGCUGGAGGCUGAAAAAAAAUUGCAAUUACAGUAAUAUUAGAAAAAUAGCAUCAUCAUCUGCUGUUUUUCUGAUUUUUGGUACUCACAUUAGCUGUAGAGUUGAAGGACUUCGACAUUUAUGAUAGUCCAGACAUGAAGGCAGAAGACAUUGAUGGGAAUCCAUCAGCAAUCUGCAUGGACAUGUUUAAACAAGUUUACAUAGUGAAUACUUCUGUCAGGUCCCACCUGUUAUCCAUCAACCACUGGAAGAAACCAAUUUGAUUUGAAGUGAAAUUCGAAGGAUUUUACUUAUUAAAUCAUAUCAGUGACUUACAGAUCAUGAACACAGAAACUCAGACACUGUUGGGGCUACAGCAGUUUUCCAAAGAAGAAGUCAGUGGCAGAAGCUUUUCUGUUAUCAGCCUUUCUGUAUAAGUAAUUUCCAUAGACUGAUGAAAAUUAAUUUGAUUGCAAGUCAAAUACCAGUAACUUACAGGUGGUAUGAAGUGAUAAAUGAGGUUCAAUAUUCAAUAAUCAGUUACUAAAUAACUUCUCCAUAAACUUCUAAAAUUUGUGGAAGACUUUAUAAUCAGGCAGAAAUGGGUCAAAGUGAACUGGUUUAUAAAAUGAUGGUUUCUUCCAUUUCUGAGUCUCUGGCUCCUGUUACUGAGCUGAAAAGUGACUCGUUGCAGUUCUGCAGGACUGAGUUUGCUGUGUAAAAUUUUUGUGGAUUUUGCAAACGUUAUUUGUUUGGCCCUUCAAAUCAGACACUUCCCUGAAUGAUUCAUUAAUCUGUUGGGGGGUUUUGUUGUUGUUUAGAGUCUGCGAUAGGUCUAGUUUUAUUUCAGAUUUA